UGUGGAUUAAAUACAGUCAUUAUUUCUGAUAAUGUAGACAUUUAAUGAUAAAUUCAAAUAUAGUCACUUAAAUCCUGUAGUUGAUCAGUUGGUGUAGUUGGGGACAAUGGAACGCAGUAUGUCCGUUCCAGUAUUUUUAUUCAUCCUUCUGGGAUCAGCUUUUGCUAUCCCAGAUGAGCUUAGAUCCAGUUUUGAGUUUUUAGAUCGUAGUACCAAUUUAGAUGAUCCAAAAUACCGUCUGAAGGACUACGUUCAACCAACAGAUGUAUAUGUGGACCUUGAUGUGUAUCUAGAUGAGGGUAGAUUUAAUGGGUUGGUUCAGCUUACAGUUCAGGUCCAAGCAGAGAACUUAACACAAAUUGUUCUCCACCAAAACGUGGUUUCCAUUGAGACCGUCACAGUUCUCAAUGCUAACAACCAGCCCGUUCCCCUGAGGUUCCCCAACCCUUACAUCACUGAUAGUUACUACGAAAUCCUUGAGAUCAACUUCGAGAACCCUCUGCCUGUGGGACAGUAUGACAUUGUCAUCAGAUAUUUGGGUAGGAUCAACGAGAAUCCCGUCGAUAGAGGCUUCUAUAGAGGAUAUUAUUACGUUGGCAAUGAAAUUCACACAUACGCCACGACUCAAUUCCAACCCUACCACGCCAGAAAAGCAUUCCCGUGCUUUGACGAGCCUCAGUUCAAAUCUCGAUUCGUCAUCUCUAUAACUCGUGAUGGCAACCUGAGUCCGUCCUACUCUAAUAUGGCCAUCAAUGAUACCGUAAAUUUGACCGGAGGCCGCGUUCGCGAGACUUUCCUUCCUACUCCUAUUAUCUCCGCCUAUUUGAUCGCCUUUCACGUCAGUGACUUUGUGGAGACCACUCUGACUAGCACACCUACCAAACCCUUCGGUAUCAUCUCUCGCCAAGGAGUCACCGACCAACACGCAUACGCUGCCGAUAUUGGUCUAAAGAUCACCAAUGAGCUGGAUGAUUACUUAGGCAUCGAUUACUACGAUAUGGGACAGGGCCAGCCAAUGAAAAAUGACCACAUUGCAUUGCCUGAUUUUCCCUCUGGAGCUAUGGAGAACUGGGGAAUGGUCAACUACAGGGAAGCUUAUCUGUUGUAUGACGAGAAUAACACAAAUAUCAACAAUAAGAUCACCAUCGCCACAAUUAUGGCCCACGAGCUCGCCCACAAGUGGUUCGGCAACCUCGUCACCUGCUUCUGGUGGAGCAAUCUUUGGCUGAAUGAAUCCUUUGCCAGUUUCUUUGAGUACUUCGGCGCCCAUUGGGCUGACCCCGAAUUAGAACUGGAUGACCAGUUUGUAAUCGACUACGUUCAUAGCGCUUUGAAUUCUGACGCAUCAGCAUCGGCGACUCCCAUGAACCUCAGUUCUGUAGCCGACAACAACUCUAUCUCCAACCACUUCAGUACUACCAGCUACGCCAAAGGAGCCUCUGUUCUGAAGAUGUUGGAGCACUUCCUCGGAUUCCGCACUUUCAGACAAGCUCUGAGAUAUUACCUAAGAGAUAAUGCAUAUGGACUCGGCACACCUGAAGCCAUGUAUGCCGCCUUCCGAAGAGCAGCCAGUGAGGACCUUGACUUUGAACGUCGUUACCCUAAUAUCGACAUUGGAGAAGUUUUCGACAGCUGGGUACAGAACCCUGGAGCACCUGUCUUGAAUGUGGACUUCAAUAUGAACACAGGUGUCAUUACUAUCACUCAGCAACGCUACCAACUCACCGGCAGUCCACCAGCUCAGCUAUGGCAGAUCCCGAUCUCGUGGGCACAACGUGGUUCCGGAGACUUCACCAACACCAAGCCUAGUCUAGUCCUCACUAGUAACUCGACAACCAUUCAAGCUGAGACUGGCCAUAACUUCGUCCUCUUCAACAUUAAGCAAUCUGGUCUUUACCGUGUCAACUAUGAUGACCACAACUGGGAAAUGAUUGCUUCCUUCCUUCGCAACAAUAACAACAGAGUUACAGUCGACAAGCUCAACCGCGCUCAGAUUGUCAACGAUGUCCUCUACUUCUUGCGGUCUGAACAUAUCAGCACCGAGCGUGCUUUCGACGUCCUCUCGUUCUUGGAGUUCGAGACUGACUACUACGUCUGGGGCGCCGCUAUCGGUCAGCUGGAUUGGAUAAGAAGGAGACUAGAGCAUCUGACUAUCGUUCACGACAGAUUUAAUGCUUGGCUGCUCCAACUUUUAAACAAUGUAGUCAACGACCUUGGAUUCGACGGCUGCCCUACGUGCUCCACCUCCAGAAACCUGAACCGCAUCCAGAUCCUCAAUCUGGCCUGCAACCUCGGGCACGAGCGUUGCAUCAGCGACAGCUUGGAGAAGUGGAACGCUUACAAGGCUAAUGAUACUAACUUAAUUGACGUAAAUAUCCGUCGCCACGUUUACUGCGUGGGUCUCCGUCAUGGCGACAAUAGCGACUACGACUUCCUCUUCAGCAAGUAUAACUCCUCGGAGAACACCGCUGACAUGGUCGUCAUACUCCGGGCCUUAGCAUGCACUAAUGAUACCAAUUCUUUGCUGCAUUACUUGGACCAGUCGAUGCACAACGACAAGAUCAGAAUCCAUGACAAGACCAAUGCCUUUAGCUUCGCCCUGCAAGGCAACCGGAAUAACUUGAACACAGUUCUACAGUUCUUGUUCUAUAAUUAUGCAGAGAUCAGAACUUCAUAUGGUGGAGCUGCUCGCUUGAAUAUUGCAAUUAACUCUGUAGCCGCUUUUUUGACAAACUUUUCAGAUAUUCAAAGGUUCCAAAACUGGGCAUACGUUCAGCAAUUAGGGCUUGGAUCAUCUUUCAAUUCCGCCGUCGGGGUAGUCAACUUGGCAAUAUCCAACCUGCAAUGGGGAAACAACGCUGCAGCAGAAAUUAUGGAAGAAGUGUUAGAAAGAUCAUCAUCUGCAGCCAUUACUUCAUCUAUUCUAUUAAUGCUGGCAGCCUUUGUUGCUCACAUGUUACGUUAACUUUUUAAAUAUAUGACUUUUUGGUUUUUUUUUCUUCAGAUUUAAACUGAAGUAAAGUCAGUAAGGUUGCCAGUAGUAUUAGAGUAUGUUUAUAAAUAGAAUGUGAAUUUAUUUAAGUGAAGUUUUAAUUAACUAUAGUAAAUUAUUUUAAAAUAAUA